AUGCCGGUACGGAUCCCCUUCAUAGGUUACCUUCCCCUAUUCCAAAGACGAGGUACCAUCAAGGCCGAAGUCGAUGAUUGUGAAUUUCGACAGGGAGAUCAAAGGGGCUACGACAAGUCCUACACAACACGAAGGUUUACUCCAAUUUGGGUACAACGAGCUCUCGAUCACUUUCUUUCAACGCGGAAAGUGUGGUUAACGAUUUUCUCGGCUCUCAUUCCUCUCUUAUUGUUCCUUGGCCUAAGUCCAUACGAUGUCAAGUACAGGUGUCUUUACAUCAUCCUCGUAGUAAUCUUAAACUGGCUCAGCGCAGCAAAUGAUGCAGUGGUUGUCGCUCUCUAUCCCCUCAUCCUCUGUCCCUUGCUGGGGGUUACCGGAGUGAAAACGCUCGCGCAGGCCUACUUCCGUUCAGUGUCCUUUCUUAUGAUCGGAACAUGUCUCCUGGGCGCUUCUUUCACAAGAACCGGUUUGGACAAAACUGUGGCUUCCUUGAUUCUGAACAAAUCUGGUUCCGAUCCGGCGAUUCUUUGUUUGGCACUGAUGCUGGCGUCGUUCUCGUUAUCAAUGUGGAUCAACAACGCAAGCGCGACAGUGAUUCUGAGUCCAAUUGCGGGACGAAUUGUUGGCGAGUGGGGCAGACUCAAUAACCGCAAGAACCACAUGCCACAUCGGCACCAAUUCGAGUGCCGGUCCCAACUUCCUACUGAUACUGAACACGGGGUCGGUCCCUGGGCCCCUGCGGACCCUCCCCAGGAGCCUCCUGGAGAAUCAGCAGCCACCUCGCCUUCAGCAACACAAGAAACAACGCCGACUAAUUCUUUAGCUAGGCAACUUCCUCGCACGGUGCCCGCCAACAGCGACCGCUCGGUAAAGGAAGGAAUCGGUAAAAAGAUGGUAGGGAUCGAACGCGGCAACGUGAAGGAAGGUGUAAGAGACACAGAACAUUUCCCUCAAAACCUGCGUCACAUCCGCAACAUGAUGUACAUCGGCCUCUCGUACUCUGCCACUCUGGGGGGCGUUUCUACCCUCAGUGGAUCCUUUGUCAACCUUAUCCUAGUGCAGCUUCUCGAGACAUCGUACAAGUUCGGCCAGUCGGCAGAACUGUCCAAUCCUGUCACUGUCAGCAACUGGAUGGCUUUUUCGUUCCCUUUUGCACUCCUCUCUGUCCUUGGUUCCUGGUUUGUUCUAGGUUGUCUGUGGCUCCGUCCCCGUCUAAUGCUCCGGACAGUAUCCCGGUUGCCUCUUAGUGUACUUCGUGGUCUGGGGUCGGGUCUACGAACCUGUGGAAGACGAGUUGGGAAGCUUGUCAGUAGAGCGUGGACAACGAUGACUACAAUGCCGAGUCGGUGCUCUCUGCGAUUGCUUUAUGCAUAUGAGGGAGGUUCACUCGCUACACCUGCGACCCCGGAACCCUCUCCAAUCCGAUCUACACAGCCUGGAGAUUUGGAUGCCUCCGGCUUGGUUGGUGGUAUUGUCAGGUGUACCUCAGAGGCGGGUGGGCCUUCUGAUGAAGCGUGCUGCAACCAGCCGGGAGAGGAAACGACUCCUGGUACCCUUACCUUUGCACAGCUUGAAGUGCUGGCGUGCCUUCUCUGUCUGAUCACCGUCUGGCUCACCCGUGUCAGCCUACCGGGCGGCAGGCCAGGAUGGGCCUCAUUUUUUCCAGCUGGAUAUGUAGACGACGCGGUACCUGUGCUAUGUAUCGGCAUUCUGCUUUUUUUUCUCCCUCUUGAUGCGCCAAACUUUGGAAGCUGGGGAAGACAUCGAAAGAGGAGUUCGCAACGCAUGAAAGAGAAUGCCGGGACGGAGAGGAGUUUGCCCGCUGCAGUAGUCUCCGACGGGAGCCAGGGGACAGGAGGGGUCCGACUUAGCAAGCCAAGUCGCCGCAGUUCGUACAGGUCUAUUCUGGUAUACUCGUAUGCGUCCAAGCACAUUGAAUGGGGAGCGCUGCUGCUGCUUGGCGGUGGUUUCGCUCUGGCCACGUCAAUUACAGAAACCGGGCUCGACAAGUGGUUGGGCAGUGCUCUCCUUGGGCUCGGCAACCUAAGCCCGCCCGCACUGGUCUUUUGCGUGGUGCUGAUAACAUCGUCCGUGACGGAGAUCAUGAGCAACACAGCUGCAGCUAACGUGUUGCUGCCAAUCCUCUCUGGCGUCACGAGCAGCAUCCCUUACAGUCCGCUUCUCAUGCUUUUACCAGCAACAGUUGGUGUUCAGCUCGCCUUCAUGCUCCCGAUAGGCACAGCGCCCAAUGCUAUCAUUCUCAAGCAGGGACGCUUGCAUUCCUUGGAUCUGUUCAUCAGCGGGUUGUUCGUCAAGAUGGUAUCUGUGUGCUUGAUUGUACUGGCCAUGUUCACCUGGGGCAGCCUUUUAUUUGACGUUACUUCAAAACCACUGUGCUCUCAAUAA